AUGGAGGAAGAGAACAGUUCAAGCACUGCGAGAUUUGGCAGGAAAGGCAAGGCGAAUCUACGAAAACGAGCCCCAAGUCCACCCCCCGCUGCCGCCGACAACAGCGACUCCGAUGAACCCUCCUCGAGCGACGACGAUGACGGCAACGUAGAAGGCGGAGGCAGCAGGCGCAUCAAGCGGCGCAAGGUCAACACCGGCGCCGUGACCGUUUCUUCCCGGGAUCCCAACUCCGGUACAACCGUGAAGGACGUCGCCGGCACCACCGUCUUCAGCGCCGACCGCAACGUGCCCAUCACCGACAGCAAUGACGCCACCAAGCACACCGACUGGUUUGAGGAGACGUCAAAAGGGGGGGACGGGCUGUCUGCCAAGAGCCUGCUGGGCUCGACACGCGCCAUGCCCGCGGGGGCUUCAUCUGGGCCGGAUGGCACCUACAAGGGGCUGGCAGGCCGGACGAAUUUCAUACAAAAGAACCCCAAUGCUCCCAACAGGACGGUAGGACCGAUCAAGGCGCCGACCAAUAUUCGGACCGUCACCGUCAUGGACUACGCGCCAGACGUCUGCAAAGACUACAAACAAACCGGAUUCUGUGGUUUCGGCGACAACUGCAAGUUCCUACACAGCAGGGAAGACUACAAGCAAUCGUGGUCCCUCGACAGGGAAUGGGAGGACGUCACCAAGGGCAAGAAGAACCUAGGCGGCACAGUGGUCGCCAGCGCCGACAGGAAGGGCAGGGCGACCGCAGACGAUGAUGACGAUGAUGCCGAGGAGGCCCUGCUCGAGAACAUCCCCUUCGUCUGCCUCAUCUGCCGCGGACCGUACCGCUCGCCGGUUGUCACACGCUGUGGACAUUAUUUCUGCGAGCCCUGUGCGCUGCAGAGAUACCGGAAAGACCCUAGCUGUGCACAGUGCAGUGCGGGGACCAAUGGUGUCUUCAAUUCGGGCAAGCGGUUACAGAAACUGCUGGACAGGAAGAGGGAGAGGGCGGCAAAGAGGCGCCAGGAGGCUCUUGAGAGAGGCGAAGAAGUCAGCAGCGAUGAGGAGGGUGAGGAUGAAGGAGAGGAGUGAACAAUAAUAACAAGACAAGAGGGGCCGUUGAAUGCCGCUUCUAAUAAAGGGCUCCCUUGUCGUAAAUAUCAACCAAGCAAGUCAACUGCCUGAAG